GCUUGCGCUUGACUCCGCGGUGAGGUCCCACACAUCGAACGCCAGCUUGUUUGUCUCCACAAUCGAGGAGUAGGAGCUAAUGUUAAACAUCUUGACGAGCAGAGAGGAGUCAGAUUUGACAUUUGAGAGCAAUCAGUGCCUGGGCUCCUGCCAUGCCGAUUCCGGUUGGCUUGAUGACCCACGCAAUCCAAUCCUCCGGGACGCUGGCGCUGCCUCGAACGCGACGAGAGGGAGGAGUUAGAGGCAUUGUAGUUAUAGUGGAGGAUGGCGUUGACAGUGGGGAGAUUGAUGCUGUUGGCGAACGUCUUCUGGAUGUUCGAUCGGCAGCGCUUCGGGCGGGUCUGUUAAGGAACAGGCGGGUGACAUUAGAGAAACCCAGAAGGAGUGGAAUAAGAUCAGAGACGGAAAGGUCGUGGAUGCCAUUGCUGUACUCAGUGGAAGGCAAUAGCGAUGUGGAGCCCGUGGAGCAAGUGGAGCAAUAAAUAGAUAGUGAAAACACUAAAAUGGAAUUUAAACUUUAGGAAAAUGAUUAUAUCCUCUGUUUAAUACAUUGUAUAAUAUAUUGUAUAAUACAUUUUGAUUCAACAAUUAAAAUUUAUUGUUAAAA